AUGAUGGUCCAACACUCAGGCCAGGUAUCUGCAUUAGAAGUCAGCGCCUCCGCAAUUGUUCCCACUUUGUCCCCUGCAGGGUCACUGGGGUUUGAUGAUUUCACAAAUUUAACCCCACUGGUGAAAGAGGAACUGAGGUUCGCCAUUCAGAAUAAGCGUCCUUCCCACAGGAUGUCUUCUACACUGGACACGGUGACAGUUUCUGAAAGGCCAAUUGAAACAUCAAUCAUGAAAACAGAGUUUUCUCCUGAAGAGGAUGAAAGAAAAAAGAGAAGAAGGGAAAGGAAUAAAAUUGCUGCUGCAAAGUGUCGAAACAAAAAGAAGGAAAAAACAGAAUGUUUGCAGAAAGAAUCAGAAAAGCUGGAAACUAUCAAUGCAGAAUUAAAAGCCCAGAUUGAAGAGCUAAAGAACGAGAAGCAGCAUUUGAUAUACAUGCUAAAUCUUCACAGGCCCACUUGUAUAGUUCGGGCACAAAACGGAAGGACACCUGAAGAUGAAAGGAAUCUCUUUAUUCAACAGAUCAAAGAAGGCACGUUACAAGGUUAAGUGACAUGGCAAACAUGGAAAUACUUAUAGUGUUUUUAACAACUACCAGAAUCCAUGGAGGAUCUGACAUAAUGUGUAGGAUUCUAUUAGUCAAGAGCCUUUAGGAAGGGCAGAUUGCUUUCUGAAGUGGAAAGAAUCAUUUUGGCUUGACAGUGAUUCUUCCCCUUGGAAGAUCUGGUCUCAAUCAAAUCGAAGAGUCUUCUGCCUCAAAUAUAGGUUUUGCACCUGUCAUACUUGCUGUUCCUAGGAGCUACAGACAACAGCUUCAGAAGUUUUAGCUCUCUGCUAGUAUACAGUAUCUGCACUCACAACGUUUGUGCUAGAACACUAUGACUUCCGAUGAUGCACAUGGUACAGACAGCUGUGCUGGAUGGACACUACUUUUCCUUGUUGCUGGUAGGGGAAGCAGACAGAGUAUUUUUAAAGUUUUGAAGUUUCCAGGAGGAUGAUUUCUGGCAGAAUGUAGUGAUACAUAACACUGC